GGGCCCACGCGCGGGCUGACGCUCUCUCCCCCACCCAGUCUCUCUCUCAUCAGUGUGGCAGUCUGUCUACCUGCUGCGGACCCAGACAGGCAGGCAGUCCGGAGCCGUGGAACUAUCCCAGCAGCCAGAGCCCAGGGGCGGCCGGUGGGAGGAGGCAGAGAGUCCGCAGCAACACUCAGCCUCUUUGACAGCCGUCGGAGGAAAGAGCCACCUGCACCAACACAUGUCUACGGAGCCGUCUGCAGAGCGGGACCUGGACGGGUUAGGGGAGCAGGCGACAGACGGACACACCAGACUGACGGACAUCAGCGGGGGCACAGAGGGCCGCAGCAUGGCGUCCAUACCGGAGUACUACGCCGGCAAGAACGUGCUGAUCACAGGAGCCACAGGCUUCAUGGGAAAAGUGCUGGUGGAGAAGCUGCUGAGGGCGUGCCCUGAGGUCAGAGCCCUGUACCUGCUGGUCAGACCCAAGGCCGGACAGUCCAUGGAGCAGAGGGUCAGCGACAUGAUGACCUGCAAGCUUUUUGACCGAGUGCGUGAGGUCAACCCUGACUUCCACCAGAAGAUCAUCCCCAUCAGCAGCGAGCUGACGCAGCCAGGCCUGGCCAUCAGCCCCGAGGACGUGGAGAGGCUCUCCGCCUGCAUCAACGUGGUCUUCCACUGCGCCGCCACCAUCCGCUUCGACGAGCCGCUCAAACACGCCCUGCAGCUGAAUGUGAUCGCCACCCAGCAGCUCCUCAGCCUGGCCAAGCAGAUGCAGCACCUCGAGGCCUUCGUUCACAUCUCCACCGCCUAUGCAAACUGCAACCGCAAGCACAUCGACGAGGUCAUCUACCCGCCACCCGUCGAGCCCAAGAAACUCAUCGACUCUCUCGAGUGGAUGGAUGACAGCAUCGUGCGGGACAUCACGCCGCGGCUCAUCGGGGACCGGCCCAACACGUACACCUACACCAAAGCCCUGGCGGAGUGUGUGGUGCAGCAGGAGCAGGACAAGCUCAACAUCGCCAUCAUCAGACCCUCCAUAGUGGGGGCCAGCUGGCAGGAGCCUGUCCCUGGUUGGAUUGACAACUUCAACGGGCCGAGUGGAGUCUUUAUAGCUGCUGGAAAGGGGAUCCUGCGCACCAUGAGAGCUAACAACGACGCGGUGGCUGACCUGGUCCCCGUGGACAUGGUCAUCAACCUCACACUGGCUGCGGGCUGGUACACCGCUGUGCACAGAAGGAAAACAGAAAAACAGAACGAUGAAAGACCUAAAUCAGCUCUGGUGUACAACUGCACCACCGGCGGCAUCAACCCGUUCCACUGGGGACAGAUUGAGCACCACGUGAUGUCGUCCUUCAAGAGGAACCCUCUGGAGCAGGCUUUCCGCCGGCCCAACGCCAACAUCACCUCCAACUACCUGAUGAACCAGUACUGGAUCCUGGUCAGCCACAAGUUCCCCGCCCUCAUCUACGACUUCGUGCUGCGCCUCUCUGGACAGAAGCCGCAGAUGAUGCGCAUCUUCAACCGUCUGCACAAAGCCAUCGGCCUGCUGGAGUACUUCAGCAGUCAGGACUGGGAGUGGAACUCGGAGAACAUGAGCAUGCUGAUGAGCCAGCUCACCCCAGAGGACAGGAGGACAUUUAACUUUGAUGUGCGCCAGCUGAACUGGCCUGAGUACAUCGAGAAUUACUGCAUCGGCACCAAGAAGUACGUCCUGAAUGAAGACAUGUCUGACAUUCCUGCUGCCAGGCAGCAUCUGAGGAAACUGAGGAACAUCCGCUACACCUUCAACACCCUGUUGGUGGUUUUCAUCUGGAGAGUUUUUAUCGCCCGCUCCCAGAUGGCCAGAAACAUCUGGUACUUUGUGGUCAGCCUCUGUUUCAAGUUCCUGUCUUACUUCCGCGCAUCCAGCACCAUAACCAAGUGAGUGUUCCUCACCUCUUCAAGGCAGAGACGGCCGCCCUGGCCUUUAGCUGUCAGCAGGAUGCAACAUCUGAGACUCUGACCGUCCGUCAAGGACACUCUGAAUCCUCCUUUGUGUGUGGAUCAGCUGGGGGCUCUCUACAGGUGGGAGGCUGCAGUCGUAUGAAGCACUCUAAGGAGAGAAAAGAGGUCUACUAGCCAUGAAUAAUUUGUCUCGUUUGGAAAUCUAUCAUCAGUACCUGCACCGUUCACUCACCAGAAUCCGUCCAAAAAAGUAUUCAUCUUGUUCCUACAGUUUCCUUCUCAACGUGAACGCCAAUUAUAUAUGCAACAAUAAGCCUUGUGUGUGCCGUCCAUUUUCUUUUCCAUAUCGUUGUUUCCAUCCACUUGAAUCUAGCUUCAUUGCCUUGCCUUAUUAUUAUUUGUUCAUACUUGAAAUAUGGCAGAGCUUCACUGGAUUUCUCUAAGAUUUGUUUGGUUCUCUGCAGUUUAACUGUGGGGAAAUCCAAUUCCUCUCUUUACUACGCAAGUGAUUUUGAUCUCUAUCUUACAUUAUGUGUAUCUACUGCCUUUCUAAGAUUACACCUUAAAAACUAACUGGUUAUCUAUCUCAAGUCUCUAAACUGAGACUAGUAUUACAUCUAAAUUCCGACUCUACAGUUCAAGACAACAGUAUCAUUAAAUAAACCAAAAAAUAUA